AUGGCUACUCGCACCUCUUCCCGCAAGGCUGCCCUUAAGGCAAAGGAAGCUAUAUCAAAUACUUCCGAAACUGCUGGAAAGGCAGGUGCAGGUUCAAAACGGAAAGCACCAGCUCAGAAAGGCCCAAAGUCCAAGAAAGAAAAGAAGGGAAAGGCUGUCAACUCGCCUCAGGAUGAAGUCACACCGGAAGAUGAAGUUACAGGGCCCAAAGAGAAUCAGACUGUCGAAAAAGAUACGGACAGUGCGCCCGAAGACCGGCCUUCAAAAUCUUCUGUGACCUUCGAGUUCAAUGAUCAGCCUUCAGUUGAACAGACGGAAGACAUUGAAUACACUAUUGAAAAGGGCAUAAUAUCCUUCUUCCUCCGGCCUCGCAUCGACAUAGAGGACCCUCACAGCUUGAGUGACAUCGCUAAUAGCUUCUUUGUGCUUCGUCCCAUUCCACUUGAUGCGGAACUGGACAUGUACCCGGCUAAUAAGAGCACCCGGUGUCGCCUUGUGAGGCUCCCAAAUAAGAGAUUCCCCACGUCACCCACAGAAACCGAACUGGCAGUUGUGGAUUUCAUUGGUGAAACAAUGGAAGAUCUACAAGAGAAAGAGCUUGCGUACAAUAUCUCCCAUACUGCCACGUUAGGUGAACGUUCUACCAAAGAGGCUACUUCCUAUGCCGAAGGCGUCUAUACCAUUACGUCGACGAAGGGGAAGUCCUACCUUGCCUACAAGCUGACUAUUCUGGCUGAAUUGGGCGAGAUUCAAGAAAGCUUCGGUCUUAGCAAGAUUGGCAGUUGGAUCGUCGAGUCGAAGAACCCCCAGAUUUUGGAUAUGCAUCCUGCCUUACCUUUGCAGAAAUUCGGGGGUAUUCAAUGGGCUCCCCUUCAGCCUGAGUUCAUUGAUUAUUUCAAUGCGCAGGUUCGUAUGACCGGUCAGAAGCAGAUAAAGUUGCGCGAGGCUGUGACGACUGAAGGCAGCAAAGAGCAUACUCAGGAGCUGGAUCAACUGGAGCAGCAGAACACGUAUCGAGUACAGACUGAACAAGACGAUGUCCAGCGAGAGCCUAGUUCUCAUCCAGAGAACCACACAAUCCCCGGGCCAUGUCGACCUCGAGCACUGCAUAAUUCAAGUUUUAGUUUCGCUGGGCCGGUUGGGCAUUAG